AUAUGGUUUCACCAUAUUGGCCAGGCUGGUCUUGAACUCCUGACCUCAAGUGAUCCACCAGCCUCAGCCUUCCAAAGUGCUGGGAUUACAGGAGUGAGCCACCGCGCCUGGCCAGUAUACACUGCUUUCUUUUCAUGUUAGUCUCCAGGUACAGCAUCAAGAAGUCAGAGAAGGCAAAAAUGGAAUAUAUGUUCUUUUAGAAUAUAUUCUUUUAAAUAUAUUUAAUAAAUAUAUUCCUUACUGUGAAGAAAUCUUGUUCCCUGGUGUUUCCUCUCUUUGUCUCUUAGUCUCAAACGAGCUACAGGAAGCUGGAGCAGAGACAAAUUCAACAUUCUUUAAAAUGUAAUGAAAAAAUGAUUUCCAGUCAACUAAAUUAUCAUAGAAAUAACUAAAUUUGGUGAAUUGGUCAUUUUCAGCAAAUUCAUUCAGAAUUGACCUUCUGGGUCAAAGAUGGAGUGAUUUUCUUUAGAGCCAAAGACCUGAACCCUACAAGAGAAACAUUUAUUGGUUUCCACCUUGGAUGUUAACACGGGGCUCUCUGGAAACUACCUGGGCUGAAGCCUCUGUGGCAGGAUGAUGGCAGAUCCUCUGGCUGGGGUCAGAAAAAUCAUACAUGGUGCUGCCCCAGGGUCCAGUUCUGGGUCUUCAUUUUUAUGGAGAUCAUGAAUCAGCUUCAGAAACAAUAACAUUCCCUAUCAUUAUACUAUGUCUGAUUUUUGACAAAUAUUUGAGAAAUGACUUGGAGACAAGUUUCUAUUGGUGAUAACCAGAGAAUGGCUUCAUGGAUAUGGGGACCAAGAUAUGGAGGUUUUGCACCUCAGGGAUAUGAGGAUACUAAAAUGUGAGACUGAUUUAUUAUAUAGCACAGCUUUCUGGUCCAAAAUGAAUCACUAAAAUUUGCUUUGAAAUUUAAAAGCUAAAAUGGAGUAGCCUGCCUUCUUGGUUUUAUCCCAGAAUUUUGAGCUUAUUGAAGAACAUAGCUUAUAUAUUGCUAUGCAAUCGCAUAGACCAAAGCCGAAGCAUGUAGAUUGCCUAUACACCAAAAGGGGUGCAAGUGUGCAUAGCAGAAUUAGCGAAGAAUGAAGUCAGGAAACUGAAAAUGUUUCUGUACUAGGUGGAAAUGCCAGAUAAGGAGCAAAGAUCAUCAGUUAUUUCCCAUAUAGCUGCAAAAUCAACUCCUAAAGAAGGACCCAAUGGAAACAAAUGCCACAAUGAAAAGAAGCAAUGAUCCCAGCUUUUAGAUGCAGAUGAAUACAUGAAAAUUCUAGCAAGAGUACCUAUUCAGAUUCCGAAACAUUUAGUGAUGAUAACAAUGUCUAGUUUCAUUCACCCCUAGACCACAGCAAAUUCUUCAUGGAGGCACAUCACAUGGAUCGCUGCAUAAUUCAAGAGCCAAUAUUAAGAAAACAAAGUAUUAUAUGAAGUAAUAUGUGAGCUGAAGAGGGGUUUGGUGCUUUAGUUGAGUGACAGAGUAAAGCCAUAGAUUUAUGUUCUGGAAUAUCUAACAUAAACUUGGUUAAGGACCAAACAUAAGGAAACGCAGCUAAGCAGGACUGAUUUCAUUUACUCAUUCGAGCAACAUUAAUCGAGCUCCAACUAUAUGUUCAACACUGUACCAGGCAUAGUAGGAGAUACCAAAAGACUGUUUCAAUGAAUAACGUACAUUCCAAUUAGGAAAAUAUGCUUCAUCCACACAUGAAAACAUAAAUAACAACAGGAGGCAAUACAUUGUGGCCAAGUGACAACGAAAUUAGCUAUGAUUUAUUAAGUAUUUUUCUACUAGCCAGGCUUGUGCUAAAUGCUUUAUAUUCAUCCUCUUGAUCUUAAGUCAUCCUGUGAGGUAGGUGCUAUGAUUAUCCCCAUUUUACAGAUGAGAACACUGAAGUUCAAACAUGUAAAACGGGAUGCCAAAGGUCAUACGACUUGUAAAUGACAGAACUGACAUUUGAACUCAAAAUGAACUGACUCUAAGUCCUAAGCUCUUACUAAACCAAUGGCUACAGAAAUUCAGAAAAUGGGGAAGGCUAAUAGAGGGGCUGAGCUGGCCGUUAAGGGAAAGAUAGGCUUCAGUUAGUCAAGGAGGAGGAAGAAGGGCGGAAGGGGUCAAGCAUAGAGUAAAUGCAUGGAGACUGGCAAAGAGCUUGCGGAAAUUGAUUACAUUAGUCUAGCUGUCCAGUGAAUUCCUAUGUGGGCCAGAUUUUGCUGGACAAUGAAUACCAGGCCGAAGAUUGCGAACUGUAGGUUAUCAGCAGCCACGAAACAUUAUAAUGAAUGCCAAGUUUCAAGCUGUAGACCUGUGGCAGAUGAACUGCGAACCUGCCUGGGGAAGCGGCGCCCAGGUGGCUAGGGGCGGGGUCACAGGCGCCAGAUGUGUCGCUGGGGCACCUCUCCGGGCCUUCCCCCUUUUUCUUCCGGGCUGGGUCCCGCUACUCCAGUUCCGCUAGGCGGCGGAGACGGGGCCAGGGGCGAGACUACAAUCUUGACCCUCAGAGGGGUGCCCAGGCGGCCGCGGUAGGCGGCCCUCUUUCUCCGGCCUCGGGUGGGACUGGCACCCGUCUCAGGGGGCUCCACACUACCACACAGGGAAGCCAACUCGUCCGCCGCCCGGAGCCGGCUUCCCCUAGACUCCCGAGGGCCGCCUCCUUUUUCGUCCCCCCGAGGCCGCGACUCUGAGGGUUCCGCUUUGCGGCGGAGGCGGGGCCAGGGGCGGGAAUGUGGGCGGGGCCGUGAGGUCGUUUCAGGGCGCGGGGCGGGGCCGCCCCCUUACCUGUGCCCCUCAGGGUUCCAAAGGUUCCACUCCGCGGCAGGGGCGGGGGCGGGUCCAAGGCGCCCAGGUGGCCGCGGCAGAAGGGCCUGUUUCUCUGGCCUUGGCUGUGGUUGGCAGCCGGCCGGGGAGAGAAGGGACUCAGGGAGGCAACCUGGUUCCCGCCCGUUGCUGAUUUCGCAGCGGCUCUCCCUGGCCGCCCCCUUUUCCUUCCCCCUCAGGCCGCGACUUGGAGGGUUCCGUUCCGCGGCGGGGGCAGAGCCAGGGGCGGGGCUGAGCGCGGCCUGGGCGGGCUCCCCGGCGGCUGGGGCUGGCGUCUUCUUUCCGCCCGGGGGACCUCUUCGCGACCGCCGGGACGUAAAAGGGGCUUGGCAGGGACGUCCUCGCCCCACUCCCGGAACCCAGUUUCCCGCUGCUCCGGCGAGCGUCGGGAGCCCAGCAGGCCUGGCCGAGGCGGGACCUUCGUCGCUCCAGCCCCCGUCCCCGCCCCCGCGCCUUCCCGCCGCGCGGAGCUCUGGUUGGCUUGCUUUCUAACCGGACUUUGGUGCUAGCGUUUAGAAAAGUCUCGACCUUCUCCGGCCCGGUCCCAUCCCAAGAACCGACUAAGGCUGUGAGUGUCCAGGAACCAGACCCGCUUGGAGGCCACAGCCCCGACGUCCCGCGCCCACGCGGCAGAUCGGGCGCUGCGGCCCGGGAGCCUCGGGGAGAUGCGGAGCAGGAGCAAUUCCGGGGUCCGCUUGGACGGGUACGCGCGGCUGGUGCAGCAAACCAUCCUGUGUUACCAGAACCCUGUCACAGGGCUGCUGUCAGCCAGCCAUGAGCAGAAGGAUGCCUGGGUACGGGAUAACAUCUACAGUAUCCUGGCCGUGUGGGGCCUGGGCAUGGCCUACCGUAAGAAUGCAGACCGUGAUGAGGACAAGGCCAAGGCCUACGAGCUGGAGCAGAACGUGGUGAAGCUGAUGCGAGGUCUUCUCCAGUGCAUGAUGAGACAGGUGGCCAAAGUGGAGAAGUUCAAACACACUCAGAGCACCAAGGACAGCCUGCACGCCAAGUACAACACCGCCACCUGCAGCACGGUGGUGGGCGACGACCAGUGGGGCCACCUCCAGGUGGAUGCCACCUCUCUCUUCCUCCUGUUCCUGGCCCAGAUGACCGCCUCAGGCUUACGUAUCAUUUUCACUCUCGAUGAGGUGGCCUUCAUACAGAAUCUUGUCUUUUACAUAGAAGCUGCAUAUAAAGUCGCUGAUUACGGAAUGUGGGAGCGUGGAGAUAAGACUAAUCAGGGCAUCCCAGAAUUGAAUGCAAGCUCCGUAGGAAUGGCCAAGGCAGCUCUUGAGGCAAUUGAUGAACUGGACCUUUUUGGAGCCCAUGGAGGACGCAAGUCAGUGAUUCAUGUUCUGCCAGAUGAGGUCGAGCACUGCCAGUCUAUUCUGUUCUCCAUGCUGCCAAGAGCAUCGACAUCUAAAGAAAUUGAUGCUGGACUUCUUUCCAUUAUUUCCUUCCCGGCCUUUGCAGUGGAAGAUGUAAACCUUGUAAAUGUGACCAAAAAUGAAAUUAUUUCUAAGCUCCAGGGGCGUUAUGGAUGCUGUCGCUUCCUUCGAGAUGGUUAUAAAACUCCAAGAGAGGACCCUAAUCGACUGCAUUAUGACCCUGCUGAACUCAAGCUCUUUGAAAACAUUGAAUGUGAGUGGCCUGUGUUUUGGACAUAUUUUAUAAUAGAUGGAGUCUUCAGUGGUGAUGCUGUUCAGGUCCAAGAAUACCAAGAGGCCCUGGAGGGAAUACUCAUCAGAGGCAAGAAUGGGAUCCACCUGGUGCCUGAACUCUACGCUGUCCCGCCUAACAAGGUAGAUGAAGAGUACAAGAAUCCUCACACAGUAGACCGAGUUCCUAUGGGGAAGGUGCCUCAUCUGUGGGGACAAUCCUUGUACAUCCUCAGCUCGCUGUUGGCAGAGGGAUUCCUUGCCACUGGUGAAAUCGAUCCCUUAAAUAGAAGAUUUUCCACUUCAGUCAAACCUGAUGUUGUAGUACAAGUUACUGUUUUGGCAGAAAAUAAUCACAUUAAGGACUUGUUGAGGAAACACGGGGUGAACGUCCAGAGUAUCGCGGACAUUCAUCCAAUUCAAGUCCAGCCGGGCCGGAUUCUUAGUCACAUAUAUGCCAAGCUUGGACGGAAUAAGAAUAUGAAUUUGAGUGGGCGACCGUAUCGACAUAUUGGUGUCCUUGGAACCUCUAAACUAUAUGUGAUUAGGAACCAAAUCUUUACUUUUACACCCCAGUUCACCGACCAGCAUCACUUCUACCUGGCCCUCGACAACGAGAUGAUCGUGGAGAUGCUAAGGAUUGAGCUGGCCUACCUGUGCACCUGCUGGAGGAUGACGGGCAGACCCACGCUCACCUUCCCCAUCAGUCGCACCAUGCUCACAAAUGAUGGCUCAGACAUUCAUUCUGCUGUGCUCUCCACAAUUAGAAAACUAGAGGAUGGAUAUUUUGGAGGAGCCAGAGUAAAAUUAGGGAACCUUUCGGAAUUUCUCACCACAUCGUUCUACACGUAUCUGACUUUUCUGGAUCCAGACUGUGAUGAGAAGUUGUUUGACAAUGCCAGCGAAGGGACUUUCAGUCCUGAUAGUGAUUCAGAUUUGGUAGGAUAUCCGGAAGACACCUGUAAUCAAGAAAGCCAAGACGAACUUGACCAUUAUAUCAACCACCUUCUGCAAAGCACAUCGUUGAGGUCCUAUCUGCCUCCUCUUUGUAAGAACACAGAAGACCGCCAUGUCUUCAGUGCUAUCCACUCCACGCGGGACAUACUUUCUGUGAUGGCAAAAGCAAAGGGUUUGGAAGUUCCAUUUGUUCCCAUGACUUUGCCGACUAAAGUUCUAAGUGCCCACCGUAAAUCACUGAAUCUUGUUGAUUCUCCUCAGCCACUCCUAGAAAAGGUUCCUGAAAGUGACUUUCAGUGGCCCCGAGAUGACCAUGGUGACGUGGACUGUGAGAAGCUGGUUGAGCAGCUAAAAGAUUGUUCGAACCUACAGGACCAAGCAGACAUUCUGUACAUUCUUUAUGUCAUAAAGGGUCCCAGCUGGGACACAAAUCUCUCUGGACAGCACGGGGUCACCGUUCAAAACCUUCUCGGUGAGCUCUAUGGGAAAGCCGGCUUGAACCAGGAGUGGGGUCUGAUUCGCUACAUCUCAGGCCUGCUCAGGAAGAAAGUGGAGGUCCUGGCUGAGGCCUGCACGGACCUGCUUUCGCACCAGAAGCAGCUCACCGUGGGCCUGCCGCCCGAGCCCCGGGAGAAGAUCAUCUCUGCGCCCCUUCCCCCAGAGGAGCUCACAAAACUCAUCUACGAGGCCAGUGGGCAGGACAUCAGCAUUGCCGUCCUCACGCAGGAGAUUGUGGUUUACCUGGCCAUGUAUGUCAGGGCACAGCCCAGCCUCUUUGUGGAGAUGCUGAGACUCCGGAUUGGACUGAUCAUUCAGGUGAUGGCCACGGAGCUGGCACGGAGCCUGAACUGCUCAGGAGAAGAGGCUUCUGAAAGUUUAAUGAACCUCAGCCCUUUCGAUAUGAAAAAUCUCUUGCACCAUAUUCUAAGUGGGAAAGAGUUUGGCGUUGAAAGAAGUGUGCGCCCUAUCCACUCCUCCACAUCCAGCCCUGCCAUCUCCAUCCACGAGGUGGGCCAUACCGGAGUCACCAAAACUGAGAGGAGUGGCAUUAACAGACUGAGGAGUGAAAUGAAACAGAUGACUAGGCGGUUUAGUGCUGAUGAACAGUUCUUUUCUGUGGGCCAGGCCGCGUUCAGCAGUGCGCAUUCCUCCAAGUCUGCGAGGUCCAGCACCCCAUCCUCGCCCACUGGCACGUCAUCCUCAGACUCUGGAGGACAUCACAUCGGCUGGGGUGAGCGGCAGGGCCAGUGGCUGCGCAGGAGAAGGCUGGACGGGGCCAUCAACAGGGUCCCCGUGGGAUUCUACCAGAGGGUGUGGAAGAUCCUCCAGAAGUGCCACGGUCUCUCCAUCGAUGGUUAUGUCCUCCCAUCCUCGACGACCCGAGAGAUGACCCCGCAUGAGAUCAAGUUUGCUGUCCAUGUCGAAUCGGUGCUGAACCGCGUGCCACAGCCCGAGUACCGGCAGCUGCUGGUGGAAGCCAUCAUGGUGCUGACGCUGCUCUCAGACACGGAGAUGACCAGCAUCGGGGGCAUCAUCCACGUGGACCAGAUCGUGCAGAUGGCCAGUCAGCUGUUCUUGCAGGACCAGGUGUCGAUUGGAGCCAUGGACACCCUGGAGAAAGACCAAGCCACAGGAAUCUGCCACUUCUUUUAUGACAGCGCUCCGAGUGGGGCUUACGGGACGAUGACCUACCUCACAAGAGCAGUGGCUUCUUAUUUGCAGGAAUUGUUGCCCAAUUCGGGCUGCCAGAUGCAAUAGGGUCUCCCCUGGAAACAUGGUCACACUCUCAAUCUGUCACGUGCCCCCUAGCCUUACUGGGAACCUUCUGUCCCCCAAGAUCCCCUGUGCUAUCAGGAAAGCAUGUCCCAUCAGAAACACUCUCGGGGGGCAAUGGCAGCACUCACCCUGAAACUGAUGUAUGUUAAAGCCACAGAGAUAGAGCUGAGGAAUCCUGUGUUCCCCCGCAAGGAGCGCCCCGGGAUCAUUUUCUAGGUUCAUUUCUCUGGAACAUUUGCUGUAGCAUCUGGUCUCACGGACUCUGAGGAGGAAUUGGAAAUUGGUCUCUUUUGAGUGCAGAGGGAACUGAGACGCCAGCUUAAAUUGGCUCUUGCAGAGAGUUACAGAAAUAGUUUCGAUGAGCUAGUGACACAUCCUAAAGAUGCAAAGAUCCUCCCGGCGGCAGUAGCCUUGACAAGGGCCACCUCUUCACAGGAUGCAGUCUGUCUGUGCACCAAACUCUUCACCAAAUAGAACACUUGUGUCUCUCUGUGGAA